CACAUAUGAACUUUAUGGCAACAAAUAUAAUAUUGCAAAUCAUUUUCUACAUAGUUAUUUCCUCUCAAUCAUUUUAUGUGACAAAUUUCUUUUUAAUUUGUCGCGAAGAGAUUAAUAUAUCUCUAUAUGGCAUGUUUGUGAAAAAAAAUCUUGAACUUCGUGUCCUUUCAACACUACCAAAGAAUAAAAAAUAUUGUCGAGUUGUGCUUUAUUAUUAGGUAAAAAGUACUCCUACUUAAUACUUAUAGUACUUGAAACAUUAACGAACAUAAAAUUCUAAAUCUGCUUUUGGAUACAGUAGAGCCACUGUAUUCUACUACACUAACCACACUUGCUUAACCAUAGUUAUUCUUUCUCCUUCACUUGUCUAUAUUAUAUCGCUUACCCAUUUCUCUCUACUCGUAGACCCUAGUGUGAAGAAAGGUGGACUUUGAUAUAGAAAAUAUAGUUCUCUCCUAGAAAAAAUGAGCUGCAAUGGUUGUAGAGUAUUACGAAGAAGAUGCAGUGACAAUUGUACCUUAAGGGCGUGUUUGGAUGGGAUUGAUGAUCCUCGCGCUCAAGGUAACGCUACUCUUUUUGUUUCCAAGUUUUUUGGCCGUAGCGAUCUCAUGGCUUUCAUCUCCGCUGUUCCCGAAAAUCGAAGACCUGCGUGCGGGCGGACGGUGAAUCCGGUGACCGGUGCGGUUGGGCUGUUAUCGACGGGUAACUGGCACGUGUGUCAAAAGGCGGUGGAGACGGUUCUCGUUGGUGGCAAUCUACGGCCAGUUUUUGCCGGAAUUCUCACUCCUACGCCUUACAUGGACGAGACCUUCGAAUCCUUCCGCAGCGGCGGCGCGUGGGAUACUCCAAACCAGUUCUCAAACAAAUCCGGAUCAUUCAUUGAUGGAUCGGAUCACACCGAUACAACGGAGUGGGUCGGUUUGGAGAAGAGAUUUAAUACGACGUCGUCCAUAGGUUCGGAGACUGAGUUAUCGGAUGUGUCACUGGGUUUGGAUAGUGGUAAUAAAGAGCCAAAACUUCUUAAUCUCUUCGUUUGAGAGACUUAAUUAGAAGUAGAAAUAAUAAUAGUUAAUUUCCAGUUGAGUUUGAUGUUUUGAGUUUGAACUCAGUUGGAAUUUAAUCGGAAACUGUAAUUGAUCUCUAAAUAUUAGAGAUCUUGAGUCAAUUCCCUAACUUGGUUGAGACGUUGCUGUGUAAUACUGACGUAUCUUUUUUUGGCUGAAUAAAUAUGAAUGAAAUAAAACAUGACUUAAUACUUUUUAUUUCGUC